AUGGUGUCCACGAGAGGCUGGCAGCUGGACUCUACUACUCUCKAGUCGAACCUAUCAUACACUGACAUGAUGCGCUACCUAUGCCGGCUAGGUCUACAAAUUAACAAUGCAGAAGAGAGAGAGCGCAGUGACAUUGCCUAUUCCAGCAAGUUAUUAGCUGCAUUGGACGACGUUUUCAAGCGUGUACAACCCCAUCUCCUUGCCCGGGAACACUGCACUAGCUUGCACCAACACCUGGAACAUUUGGCCCUCCGCAUCCAUGUUUCCUUCUGCAUUUCCGUGCUAUGUCGGCCAGCCAUCCAAAGCCCACCCAGAGCCUCUCUCAACCCACGCAUUCGACUUCUGCGCAAUAGGGCCAAAGACAGUCUGGUUGAGGCUGCAAAGGCCUUCCUCGACUUUGAAACUUUAAGCAUCGUCCCAUUACGCACCUGGUCUAUGGUACAUACGGUGCUCAGUUCUGCAUUGCUCCUUUGCCUUUGGGAGGAGACUCGCAAUGACCCGGGAUGUCGCGACUUGCAGCAACGAGUCAUCGAGGUAUUCUCCAGAGUUGGCACUGCUGGGAAGGAUGCUAAUGGCCAACAUGGCAAUGGCCAAUGGUUGUCAACGAGGCAUAUCCACGCACUCGUCGCGUUGAGAAAUGCUGUGCGUGAUACCCCAAUGCGUGAAGUACACGCAGACCCAGAGACACAGCGAGGAUCGCCACGAAGCCAACCCCCUCGACGAUUGUCAGAUGUCAUAUCUGGUCCAAGCAUUGGAUUCGGUGAUGUUCAAUCAUCUGGCGAUUUUCCUGCAAACUUUGAUUUUGGGUAA